AUGCCGUCAACGCCUACGACGACAACGCCGAUUACGGCGUCUUAUUGGUGUUAUAGCUGCACGCGAUUCGUCAGCGUCUGGGCUGAACAAGGCACCACCGUCAGCGUCGCCUGUCCGCACUGCGACGGCGGUUUCAUCGAAGAGAUUAACGACUCCUCCUCCACCGAUGCCGAAUUACCGACCCCAGCUUCCACUGAAGUUAGAUCGAUCAACAGCAGCCGUACAUCCGUGAUUAGACGCCGGAGAUCCGGUCGUCGUCCGUCGUUUAACCCGGUCAUCGUCCUCCAGGGAGGCGCCGGCGAGAGAGAUGAGGGAGAGGAAGGAGACGGUGCAAGGGAUCGACGUGCUUUUGAGUUUUAUUACGAUGAUGGAUCUGGAUCGGGUCUCAGGCCGCUUCCGGAUUCUGUAUCUGAGAUCUUGAUGGGAUCGGGAUUCGAGCGGUUGCUUGAGCAGCUGAGUCAGAUCGAGGCGUCCGGCUCGGGAAUCGGUAGAUCCGGGAAUCCUCCGGCGUCGAAAUCGGCGAUUGAGUCUUUGCCGAGAGUCGAGAUCUCGGAUUGCCACAUAGGCGCGGAGGCGAAUUGCGCUGUUUGCACGGAGGUUUUCGAGCCUGAGACGGAGGCGAGGGAGAUGCCGUGCAAGCACAUUUUCCACGACGACUGCAUCGUGCCGUGGCUCUCGAUCCGGAACUCGUGCCCCGUCUGCCGAUUCGAGCUACCUUCGGAGCCUAACCGACGAAGCAGCAACAACGAGGACUUUAACGCCGUGGGGAUGACGAUUUGGAGACUCCCCGGAGGCGGAUUCGCCGUCGGGAGGUUUAACGCGGCGAUGAGAGACGGAGAGAGAGUUUUGCCUGUGGUGUUGACAGAAAUGGACGGUGGUGGGAUUGGUAACAGCGACGGUCCUAGACGGAUCUCAUGGGUUAGAGCACACGGUACACUGGAGUUAGAUAGCAACAACGGUGCUGGCUCCGGCUCUGGAGGCAGAUUGAGGCGGAUGGUUCGUGGAAUGGUGUCGUUCAUGAGGAGGGUGAGACCUAACCGCGGCUCAAAUUCCUCUGCUGCUGCUUCAUCUUCUUCCAAUGCUCUGGAUUUGAACAUUGAAGUAGAAUCAAGGGUUUUGGAUCGGUCGAAUUCAGUGCUGAGAAGAUACUUCAGAAGAAACAGAAGUAACAGAGAUGCUUCAGUUCUGCAUUGA